CAGCAGAAAUAGCAGGCUGACAGAUUGGAGCAGGAGUGGGCUGCAGUAGUAGGUUGUUGGGGGGAUGAUGUAGCAGGACUGCGUUACGCGGUUGAAUAAACAGCUUCGUCUUCUUGGGACUGACUGAUUCUGCUGAGUACGUUGCCUGUUGGCUCCGUGACGAGGGUCCUCUGACUGCCCUCUCCUCUCGCCCUCUCCGUUCCUCUCCUCUCCGUUCCUCUCCUCUCCGUUCCUCUCCUCCCGUGACGACGGUACAGGAUUCACUCACUCCUCCGACUGCCCUCUGCUCUCUGUUCCUCUCCUCUCCGUUCCUCUCCUCCCGUGACGACGGUACAGGAUUCACUCACUCCUCCGACUGCCCUCUGCUCUCUGUUCCUCUCCUCUCCGUUCCUCUCCUCCCGUGACGAGGGUACAGGAUUAACUCAGUCCUCUGACUACAGACUAGACCCUGUCCUCUUCAACUCAUCGGACUGAUUGGAAGUGAUGGAGCAGCAGCGGGGUGUGGGCCCUCCAGGGGGUGUGGUGUCGGGGGGGUGGACCCCGUCCGUCAGGAGGAACAGCAAGCUGGCCAGUCUGGGACAGAUCUUUAAACCAUGGAAAUGGAGGAAAAAGAAGAACGAGAAGAACUCCACAGCUUUAGAGAGGAAGACAGCGGCGCAACAGACUCGGGAUGAACUGGCCAAGAGGGGCUUGGAGGGGAUUGAACCAGAGUUUUGUGAGGCGUGUGGGGGGGUAGAAGACUCGGACACUCCCAGCCAAUCAGACGCAGAGGAGAGAGAAGAGGAGGAGCCUCUGGCGCCCCUGGCAAACACCUCAGAGGACCUGGUCAGCGAUGAAGACAACCCCUCUACAGCUGUUGACCUGACGGAAGACACUUUGACAGUGGCAGACCAGAGUGAGGAUGGAGGGGAGGAGGACACUGCCCUCUGUGAGCCCUGUGAGGACAGCUCUCUGGUACAGGCUGAGACAGGAGGGGGGCAGGAGACACCUCACCCCAUGGACUCCCCACCCUGCCGGGACGGCACCCCGCCACCCCCCAACCUGCCCAAACUACUGACCAGGCUGGGCAGUCUAGAGGGUCCUCACCCCUUCCCUAAGUCGGAUCCUAACCUAGAGAGGAAGAAGUCUCCAGCCACUCUACCCAGGAACUUCACGUUACCCAGGACUACCCAGGGUUCCUUGCUGCGAGGACGGAUCUCCACCCCUACCGGUUCCCCCCACCUGGGGCUGCUGCACCCCCCACCGCCCCCCAGCUGCAUCAUAGAGGAGCUACACCGGGCCCUGGCCACCAAACACAGACAGGACAGUUUCCAACCCAAGGAGAUGAGCUCUUCUCCGAAGCGCCGGUCCGAUGGUCGUCUGUUGCGUACAGCCAGCGUGGAGAAAGUCCCACCCGGAGGGAUGGAGAGAGAGAAGGAAUCAGACGAGAACAAGGAGAACAAACGUCUAGACGAGUUCUACAACGACCCUGACCGCUGGAAUGACUCCAUCAUCUCCGGCACCCUGCCGCGGCAGAUGCGUAAGGAGUUGUUAACGGUGAAGCUUCGGAACCGGCCCAGUCAGCAGGAGCUGGUGGACAGAAACAUCUUCCCUGUUCGCUCAGACCUGGAGAGACAGGAGAUACGACAACACAUAGAGAACAAGCUGGCCAAGCGGCUGAGCCAGAGACCCGCGGUGGAGGAGCUGGAGAGUCGGAACAUCCUCAAACAGAGGAACGACCAGUCAGAGCAGGAGGAGAGGAGAGAGAUCAAACAGAGACUCAACAGGAAGUUGAACCAGCGUCCCACAGUAGAUGAGUUGAGGGAAAGGAAGAUACUGAUUCGUUUCAGUGACUAUGUUGAGGUGGCCAAGGCUCAGGACUACGACCGCAGGGCAGACAAACCCUGGACCAGGCUGUCUGCUUCAGACAAGGCAGCAAUACGGAAGGAGCUGAAUGAGUUCAAGAGCAAUGAGAUGGAGGUUCACAAUUCCAGCAAGCACCUGACAAGGUUCCAUCGACCGUAGUGUAGAGGUAGUUUCUUCUGUGAAGAAGCAGCUGUGCGGUCAGUGAAGACCAUGUGACAGUCUCCUGUUCCCAGGUCCAGUCUCCUGUUCCCGGGUUGUUCGACCUACAGAUUUCUGUCUGUCUCUCUACCAACGUGGAGGAGCUGUCUGUCUCUCUGUGUGUCACCAUAGAGGCUAAGCAUGUGGAGCUGGAGCCCAGGAUAGAUCACAGGAAACAUCAGACUGAUAAACACUUAAAGGAACUAUUAACAGUCAACGUGUGCUGUCUCCUGGAUGUCAUACAAUGAGAAACAGAUGAAUGAAGAAGACGGCAGCACUCACCAGGUCACUCCAUGCCAGCAGUGGGAAAGAAUCAGAAUAGACAACUUUAUUGCAACAAAUGUUGCUAAGAAUUUCUCUUCGUGUUAUUUUCACGUUUUAUUCGUCGUGUGUACGGGAUACGGAUGAUUUAAAUCAUCCAACCAUACGCUUACUGCAGGUUCCUUCUCAACAAUGCAACAACAAUAAAUAAUUAAAGAUAAGAAUGCGAACAUAAAGGUUAAGAAGCAUCUUAAGACAUUUACAUUUUUAGUCAUUUAACAGACGCUCUUAUCCAGAGCGACUUACAGGAGCAAUUGGGAUGA